CCCCCUCCCUCCUCUUCCUUUUCCCAGGAUCUGAGCUCCAGCUCCGACAGUCUCGAGCUAGAGGCUGGUACACCUGUGCGUCUGACCCCUCAGAGGGAGUUCAUUAAGUCUCUAAUGGGGAUCGGGAAGAGACUGGCCACUCUGCCCACUAAAGAACAGAAGACCCAGAGGCUCAUCUCAGAGCUGUCCCUACUCAACCACAAGCUGCCUGCCCGGGUUUGGCUGCCCACGGCUGCUUUUGACCACCACGUGGUGCGCGUGCCCCACACGCAGGCCGUCGUGCUCAACUCGAAGGAUAAGGCACCUUACUUAAUCUACGUAGAAGUUCUAGAAUGUGAGAACUUUGAGACGUCAAGUGUGCCAGUGAGAAUCCCGGAAACACGGAUUCGCAGCACACGAUCUGUAGAGAAUCUUCCCGAUUGUGGCAUCACGCCCGACCAGCGUGCCAGCAGCUUCUCCACGGUUCCCAAUUAUGACAACGAUGAUGAGGCAUGGUCUGUAGAUGACAUCGGAGAGCUGCAAGUGGAGCUUCCAGAGAUCCACACCAACAGUUGUGACAACAUUUCCCAGUUCUCAGUAGAUAGCAUCACCAGCCAGGAGAGCAAGGAACCUAUUUUUAUUGCAGCUGGAGAUAUCAGACGACGCCUGUCCGAGCAACUCGCCCACACCCCCACCACAUUUAAGAGGGACCCAGAGGAUCCCUCAGCCGUAGCCUUAAAGGAACCAUGGCAGGAGAAAGUGAGACGGAUAAGGGAGGGCUCCCCCUAUGGCCACCUGCCCAACUGGCGUCUUCUGUCUGUUAUUGUGAAAUGUGGCGAUGACCUGAGACAGGAGCUUCUCGCCUAUCAAGUGCUGAAACAGCUACAGAUUAUCUGGGAACAAGAACGGGUUCCCUUGUGGAUCAAGCCCUACAAGAUCCUGGUCAUCUCCUCAGACAGUGGUAUGAUUGAGCCGGUGGUCAACGCUGUGUCCAUUCACCAGGUGAAGAAACAGAGUCAGCUUUCAUUGCUCGACUACUUCCGGCAAGAGCAUGGGAACUACAAUACAGAGGAAUUCCUUACCGCUCAGCGCAACUUUGUUCAGAGCUGCGCUGGCUACUGUCUCAUCUGCUAUCUGCUGCAGGUCAAGGACAGGCACAAUGGAAAUAUCCUGCUAGACUCUGAGGGCCACAUCAUUCACAUCGACUUUGGCUUCAUCCUUUCCAGCUCUCCACGUAACCUGGGCUUCGAGACAUCUGCCUUUAAACUAACCAGUGAAUUUGUUGAUGUAAUGGGAGGUCUGGAUAGAGACAUGUUCAAUUAUUAUAAGAUGCUCAUGCUCCAAGGCCUCAUCGCUGCACGCAAGCACAUGGAGAAGGUCAUCCAGAUUGUAGAAAUCAUGCAUCAAGGUUCUCAGCUUCCCUGUUUCCACGGCUCCAGCACCAUCCGUAACCUGAAGGAGCGUUUCCACAUGAACCUGACGGAGGAGCAGCUGCAGGUGUUGGUGGAGCAGAUGGUGGAUGGCUCCAUGCGUUCCAUCACUACCAAGCUGUACGACGGCUUUCAGUAUCUCACCAACGGCAUCAUGUGAGCGGUGGCCGGGGUGCACAUGGACUAGAGCGCUAAAACUGGAAAAAAGGCUGCACCACUUUAAAAACCACUCCUAACGCCCACUUCCCAAAACCACCCCUGUGUUUCUGCACCCUUCAGACUGAUUAACUUUAAAGAUUUUUUUUUUUUUUUUACCUUGACUGAAGAGGUCUUGAGCUGUGAAGUAACUGUUUGUCGUCUUUUUUCAACAUCCUUUCCUUUCGUUUAAACCCUCCCUUUUUUGUCAUGACAUCUUGCAGUACUCUGGAUACCCAGAGUUGAGUUUUAUCCAGCUUUCCAGUGCCUCAUUUAAACACUACGCUGCUCUGUGACUCACCUGUGUACUGACUGACUUCAACACCCCAUAUUAUCAUCAUCAGCUUUUUUUGUUGCUAUACCACUAAUGAUAUAUAUAUACUUUGGUUGAAUAACAUUCAGAAUUUCAACACACACUCAUACAGUAGGGUGGAAAACAGGAGAUGCUGUAUCAAAGCCUAUAAAUUGCAUUAUGAAAUGAGGGAAUCGGAUGGUAAACAUUGCUGUAUUGUUCAGCUUUGUGAAGUCAGUGUUACAUGAACUGUUUAAGAGAUCUUCAGCUUAGUGCCGCACAAGUAAGAGACCGUUAAGCCAUGGAAGGUUUGCUUAAAGUGCUCUCAUUUGACCCUGUGAGAAGCGCUUGAACGUGAUAGGGUUAAUGAAGCUUUUUAAUUCAAUAUGGAUGUGUUAAACAUCAAAACACCAAAGACACAGAUCAGUGACUCCACUAAUCAUAUGAGAGUUCAUAUAGAAGAUGACAUAAAAUAAUUAGGACUUAAUUAAAAUAACCUGGUCUGUUUUCUAGGUCAAAAUAAAUGUAUAAACUAUUUUGAGUUUCCAAAGGUCUGGACUGAAAUAUGGUGGACUGCGAGAUAUGAACACUAUUUAUUGCCCUUUUACAGAUAUUUCAUAUGAAAUUACACUUUCUCAACGUUCUCUGUGGAUUUCAUUUCAUUUUGUUAUUUUGUUUGGCACAUUAUAAUCCUAGUCGUGCUAGUUUGUACAGCUAACCUGAAUUUAUAAUGUGCAUUUUUACAGCUGAUCUGAGCUGGGCAGCCAUGUAUAAAUGUGUGACUGAGCCACUGGAUUUUUUUUUUUUUAUAUAUAAACAGUGAGGAGUUGUUCAGAAUCUGUUGCACAGGAGAAAUGGAAAGGGCUAUGAAAAAGCGAACACAUUAAAUCAACAGUCUUUGUUUUUAUUUCCUACACAUGUACAGGUAUAAAAUUCCCUGCCUAAAAUUUCUAGUUUUUUAUUAUUAUUUUUCUUUAUUUUCGUGGGCAUGUGUUUAGCCUCGUCUUAUUUCCCUGUGAUAUCAGUGCUUCUCUUAACAGUUUUAAUUCAUUCUCUUAGCGGGAGCCACAAUUUCCUUUAAUUUGUUUGCCUGUGCGAAGGCAGUUUAGACGUUGUGUACAUUUUCAACAAGCUUUAUCUUUUCUCUUUACUAUUUUAUACUUCUAUUGUUUCAGCAUCAAACUUUUUUUUGAAACUUGUAAAACGGACCAGCUCUUAAGAUCAUGUGAAUAACCUUCCUUGUGAAUGUUCCUUUGUAUAAUAAAUUAAAUGUUCCCGUU